AGGAAGGUACAUAUUAGGGAAACAAUGAAUAAAUAUUUCACCAGUAACAGAAAUGAUUCAAAAAUAACAGUGUUAAAUGGACUACAGAACAGUAUUCGACAAUACUUUAUCUUCCCUGAACACACUUUAAGGAACUUCGAAGCAAACAUCGAUGAAAUCGUUAAAAAAGCGAAGAAUGGACAAUUAAAAGAACUCACUGUUGAUGAUAAACCUCUCAGAACAAAAUAUUUCUUCGGUGAGCGGUACACUUACGGUCAUCCAGAAAAUAGCUUAGGAUCAGAAAGGCUCUAUCCAGAAGGAUCUGUAGACGUGAUUCCUAGCUGGAUAGCCCACAAUAUAAUAAAACCGCUUGUUGAAGUGAACAUUCUACCUGAAAACUUCGUCAACAGCGUGGUCAUCAACGAUUACAAACCAAGAGGUUGCAUUGUAUCUCACAUUGAUCCUCCGCAAAUUUUCGACAGACCCAUCGUCUCGCUGAGUUUAUUCAGCGAUAGCGCGCUCAGUUUUGGUUGUAAAUUUCAUUACAAGCCUCUGAGAAGCUCAAAGCCUCUAUUUAGAUUACCCAUGCCUAGAGGAGUGGUUACAUCAUUAAGUGGAUUUGCUGCGAAUGAAAUAACACAUUGUGUAAGACCAGAAGACGUGACUCAAAGGCGUACAGUGAUAAUGCUCCGCAGAGUGCACGAUUUCGCUCCUCGUUUGUCUCCUCUCACAGGGAAUCUGCUCCAUAUUACUAGCAAUGAAGUCUUGAAAAUUCGUAAGGCUCUAAUGCAGAAAUGUAUCGACUCCUGCAGGUCUACAAAAGGAAAAAUACAAAAGCCUUAUAAAUAAUAAACCUGUUCUGUCCUAGUUGAUAACUAUACGCUUUAAAAUUGUUAAUAAACGUUAUUUAU